AUGACUACCCGCAUCGACAAAACCAUUGCCCGUCAGCGGGAAAAAAUCGCAUCCGGUGCCUACUACGAAGCCCACCAGCAGCUGCGUGUCAUUGCGGCUAGGUACAUCAAACAGGCCAACUACGAUGCGGCGGCAGAGCUCCUAGCCGGUGGAGCGACGGCUCUGUUGAGGGCAGGCGCCCAACAAGGAGCGUCCGCAAGUGGAGGAGAUUUGGCCAUAAUGUUGGUGCUAGAGGUUUACAACAAAGCGGAGUGGGAGAUCUCGGGGUCUGAUGACGACGUGGAAGGUCGGACUCGGAAGAAGCGUCUCAUUGAGCUUCUGCGCGAGUUCCCGUCAGACGAACCUACGAGGAAGCGGUAUAUCCAGGAGAUAAUUGGGUGGAGCGGGCGAUACGGACCGCUUGAACGAGGAGAUCCAGACCUGCACCAUACUGCUGGCUCGGUCUACGCAGAAGAUAACGAAGUAUACGACGCCGAGAAACAUCUCAUCUUGGGAACAUCCGAAUCGGCGGAGACUCUGGCGAAACUUGAGUACGAGUGGUACACCAACGACGACCCACACACCGCGGCCCUUUAUGCGUCGCGCGCAGUCUUCCCAUACCUCUUGACUGGAAACAUUGGAAGCGCAAACAAGGCUUUGCUCAUCUUCACCUCACGGCUUUCAGCCUCCAAUCCUUCGCUCGGCGUGCAGGAUGUCAGCAGUGCUAGCUCCGACAUCCGAGUGUAUCCAGCGCUGCCCCUGCUUAACUUCAUCAGUCUGCUUUUGCUCACAAUCCAACGUGGAAGCACGGAUCUGUUCCGGCAGCUUACCGCACACUAUGCGGCACAAAUCAAAGAUGUUGGAAUCUGGGACGACACCUUGGCCCAGAUCGGUGAGAUGUAUUUUGCCAUCAAGGUCCCGAAGCAAGGCAACCCACUGUUGGACAUGAUGGGCAGCAUGUUUUUCGGAGGUGGCCAAGAUAACAGUGGUGGGAGACGGGCUCCGCAAUCCAGAAGCUCGGCGAAGACAGUCGAGGCUCCGCCAUCCAACAUGGAGCUUGAUUAG